UGCAGAACAUACAUCCUCCAAUUAAUUAUAAGCGGACCCGAGCUUUUCCUCCUGCGGUCAUCCUGCGAGAGUUUGGAUCAGCUGCUUAUCUGUUGUCUUUUUUCAAGGUUUUAUUGGGACUAAAGCCAAGAGAAAACCUGGGGACCUGGAGAGGAAGUAUUUCAGAAUUUGGGAUUUUAUUAAAUUGAACAGCUUUUUUAAAGUCUGCAACCCAUUCUGAAGCAGUCAGCUGCACUUAAAUGAAUGGAAAAUUAAUAGAAGGAACAACAAAGGAAACAGUUCUUCAUUAACUAAAAGUUUUUCUGUAUUUCAAACGUCUCCAGCGGUGGAACGAAGCACAGGUUGUGAAAUUACGGAAGAAACGUGAAGACAAAUUUGCCCUUUUUUCACUCCUUGACGCACCGAGGCAGAUCUCUGCUCAGGUCAGAUGUGUGUGUGGAUGUAAAACGCUGCUGUUAGCUGAGACUUAUAGGUUUGGUUACACCUCUCCCAGCUGAAACUCGACCCUCCUGCCCGUCACCUCUGCCUGCAAACCGGGGCGCCCCGAGCUGGAGGUGCCGCACGGGACGCCAUGGGACGAUCCAAAUACUAAUAUGAUGGGCUGGAUCCAGGAUCCAGAAUCCAUCAAGUCCUUCAAACUCUCACCCCCCUUUAGAACAUUUUGACCAGACACCAAAUAAAAGGCUGUUGAUGGAGAGGAUUUCGAAUGUCAGCCGGGACAGUGGUCAUCGCAGGAGGAAUUCUGGCUACAGUCAUCUUACUGACCAUCGUCGCUGUACUGUGUUUAUGUAGGUUGCAGUAUUACUGCUGUAAGAGGGAGGAGUCUGAGAAGGGGGAAGAGGAGGAACCAGAGCUCGCCACCAUGUCGCCAUCCCACCCCCUGGCUCUGUCCGCUCCCCCUACGCCUCCGACCCCAGAACACUACGGCGACGACCCGGAGACCUACCCCCCUACCUUCCUCACUGAGGCCAACGGGCCUGCCAGCUACUCCCCCACGCCGCCGCCGCGCAGGUGCCAGCGCUCACAUGCUUUCUGCCCGUCCUGCGCUCGCUGCUCGCUGCCCUUCUACCUGCAGCAUCCGGAGAGGCUGUGCAAUGGCGGCCGCAGGAUCAGCUACAGGACUGUGCAGCAGCAGGACCUGGAACUGCCCAUGGACCUGGCCAGCUUCUACCAGAAGCUCAACCUCAUCCGCUCUGUCACCAUGAGGGAGGUGGUCACCCACAGUGUCAGCACCGAUGUGUAGGAGCAGGCAGAGCGGAGGCAGCGCCGCCCUGCUGGCCUGGAGGAAAGGUUGAUUUAUACAAACUGCACAGACUGUACUGUCUGCAAAUACACUAUAUGGAUACGGACAUGUUAUAUAAGCAUUGUGCUGUGGGUGCAGCAUUAAUCUCCAUAAACAGAUAUCUGCAUAUGAAUGGAGAAUCUGUAGGCAAGGGACAAGAUUUUGGUAUCGGAAGCUUUCUUUUUUUUCUGUUUGUAGUCCAUUGGUUGCAUGCAGGUAAGCAGUCGGUGUGGAGGCAGAGACAGAACGCAUUUGCCAAAAUGCAAUCUCGGAAGCCAUCGGCUAUCAUCUGAUGACAGUUUAGCUUUUUAUCAAUCUCAAAACCCUAGAGAUUAGCUUUUUAUUAGCUUUUUUAAAAUGUAUCUGCAUUCAAAUCGUUGUCAGACAAUAGCCGAUGGGUUUCCACAAUUGCUAAUCGGACUGUAAACAAUGACCGGCACACAGAAGAGGAAGUCUUGGCCCGGAUAUCCGUUAUCCGUAUUUCCGCUGGCUACACCGGAAGCCCCGAAACAUUGGUCGUUGCCCCCAGAGGCUAAAACAUCGUCAGACGAUGGGUUCCGAGAUUGGUGCAGCAUUAAUACUGUGCUGUACUGAUAUACUGCAACACUGAGGGCUUUUGGGUGAUGUAACACAUCUCCUGGCAGCCAUAUUGGAGGUCUACAGCUCUGGAGUAAUGCAUUUCUGAACGUAAACAUUUGUUUCUGACAGAGUUGAAAAGAUUUUUUGUCAGACUUAAAACUGGUCAUUUUGUGACGAUUAUGUCUGAUUUUGUGUUUAGAAAAUUAGCUUGUUUGCUAAUUAGCUAGUUAAGUAGCUAACCAAUAUAUAUGUAUCAAAUUAUAAACAAUUAUAAGACAAUUUACAAGUUGAGCUUUUGUCAGUAAAUUAGCACAGAUUUAGUUUGUUUGAAUGCACCACACAAGAGACAGAAAUGGAGGUAAAAAUCCUUUAAAAAAAAUUACGUUUCCUGAGGCUAAUGGCUAGUUACCGAGUCUCUUUUAAAGGAUGAGUCUGGUCUUAUUGCAAACAAAUCCCAUGUGCAGACCAAAACUAGCUAUGAACGUAUGUACUAACAAGUAUCGUGUGUGUAUCAAAGCCUGAUAUAUCUUCUUCUUCUGUGCCACAGAGCUCCAUUGUUGUCCAAAAACUGUUAAAAACACAUCAGUGAGCCGCACUGUUGACAUGUUCCUUCAU